AUGACCUCGUCCAUCGAGCGCCUCCCUGUAGAGGUCUUUGAGAUUAUCGCUGGAGACCUGGAUUUGGACUCGUACAAGCAGGUCCGAUUGAGUUCGUGGCGGUUGCAUUCCCUGAGCUUGUCCACCUUUGGCAAACGAUAUUUCGCAAAGUUGACUACGACGCUUGGUUCUCCAUCGCUCGACAGACUGGUCAAUAUCUCCAACCAUGCAUACUUUUCUGGGUUUGCUACUCAGCUCAGUAUCAAGCUCCUCACUUACCGCGACUACAAGAACUUGACUGCCGUUCGGAGAGUGGGCAUAUAUCCACCACCAAAACGCUUUUCUCUUGUACCUGGUAUCAAAAUCGCAGAUAUUGAGGGCGAAUCCACACUCUACGACGAUCUCUUCACCUCGGGCGAUACCAAAUGCAUUACGCAGCGCCUCACUCGGGCCUUGAGAGGGCUAGAAAACCUCAAGGCUGUCCGCUUUCGCACAUUCCACAGCGAGCCUGGAGGCUGGCGCUACGGAGAGAUGCCUGAGCGUGAUCAGAAGUUUCGCACCAGAAGUUUUGAAGCAGUGCUUCAAUCUAUCGUCGUCAGCGAGAUUCAGCUCGAAGAGUUCAGCAUGGCAAGGAAGAAAAGAACCAACACACUUCGCAGAGGCGCAGACCUAGGUGCCGCUGUCUUGACGCUGCCUCUGCCAGUGCUUACAUCGUUGCAAUUCUCCUUCUUGCACCUGCAGUCUCUGACGUUGUCGCUCGUCGCCGCGCACAACGGAGGGUCUCGAAUCCCUGGCUGGGAGAACGGAACCAGUCAACUGGUCUCCUGUGCACCAAACCUUCGGCACUUGACUUUGAGCCUUGACCGCAGUGUACACAUCUCUCACUACUCGGCUGCAAUAAUAAAGGCUCUUGCAUCCUCAUGCUCUCUUCCUGCGCUUGAUGCGUUCCACCUCAUCAACUGCUCAGUCCAGCAAGCGGACCUGGAUCAGUUCAUGUUAGCGCAUGCGGAUACGCUCCAGGUUCUCAUACUAAACGGCGUGCGACUGUUGAGCGGGAGUUGGAUGUCCUUCUGGCCAUCAUUGAAGGCAGUGACCCGCUUGCGCUUCUUGAGGUUUGGAUCCCUGGAGGGCACAGAUCUUGUGCACACCACGAUGACUGCUCCUACCCAUCUGACGCCCUCCGAUCUCGGCCAGAAGUCCUACUGGGACAAAGCCUACACGACCGAACGCGACAAUUUCGCAUCGAACGCGGCGGACGAGGGAACAAUAUGGUUCAGUGACGCGGGUGCCGAGGAGCGCAUGCUUUCCUUUCUUGAAGAUCUCAGUGAUGAAGGCGCAUUGAACAAAGAGAAGACACGGUUCUUGGAUCUCGGCACAGGCAACGGCCACCUACUUUUCGCGCUGCGAGAAGACGAAUGGGAAGGCGAAAUGGUCGGCGUGGACUACUCAGGUGAAAGCGUGCGAUUGGCAACGGAGAUCAGAGGGAGUAAGGGAGAUCAAUAUGAGGAUAUUAAACUCGAGGAGUGGGACAUUCUCAACCAGCAGCCUGGCGAAUGGUUGGGCGACGGGUUCGAUGUGGUCUUGGACAAAGGCACGUUCGACGCGAUCUGCUUGAGCCAAGACACGGAUGCGCAAGGCCGUAGGAUAUGUGAAGGAUAUGGCGAACGUGUGGCGCCGCUUGUAAAACCGGGUGGGCGCUUCCUCAUCACGAGUUGCAACUGGACAGAAGAAGAAUUGAAGAGCUGGUUUGAGGGCGGACGAUUCCGCUUCUCAGGAAAAGUCAAAUAUCCCAGCUUCACCUUUGGUGGGAAGACUGGGUCGAGCGUCGUCACACUCUGCUUCGAAAAGCCACUUCUUCCGCUCGCCGACGUCUUCGCGCCCACCAUCCCGCUCCUUCGCCCAAGCUCGCCGCGAGCCGUCCGCCUUCAUCUCAAAUAUGUCCUCCACCGCAAGACGCUGCUGCGGUACUACCUCCUCGAAGAAUGUGGCGACUUUUGCGCGGCCGGUAUGGAACCCCGCUAUACACAAGACACGCGCGCUUGGUCCUUCGGAGAGGAAGUGCAGCAUCGACUUCGCAAGAUUCUCGUGCUCCCCCGGCAUCCAGAGACAAUCUGCAGCCAGUAUACGCGUGUAGCUAUUCUCCUCGCGCUCUGCACAUUCGCUCUCCGGUCGCCCACCAACCAAUUCGCCCAGCAGGACGCCCGCAUUCCACAAGUAGUGCGCAAACUUGCGCCUCUGUUCUUCAUUGUUUGGAUCUGCGGUAAGGAAUUCUAG